AUGAUCGAACCCAUUGGGAAUCAGUACGUUGUAGCCAGGCCAGUGUACUCUGCAAAUGCUUUUGGGGAGGAACACAAGAAGAAACAGAGAUAUCACAAGACCUUUCUGGAUCAUCUCAAAGAGUGUUGUAGCUGUUCUGCACAAAAGACCAAGAGAAUUGCCCUGUCUUUGUUCCCCAUAGCAUCUUGGUUACCAGCCUAUCGGAUAAAGGAAUGGCUACUCAGCGACAUUGUUUCUGGAAUCAGCACAGGGCUGGUAGCUGUACUGCAAGGUUUAGCAUUUGCUCUGCUGGUCACCAUCCCCCCAAGCUAUGGACUGUAUGCAGCCUUUUUCCCAGUUAUAAUCUACUUUUUCUUGGGCACUUCUAAACACAUAUCUGUAGGUCCGUUUCCUGUUCUGAGUAUGAUGGUGGGAGCAGUAGUUGUGAGAUUAACCCCUUCGGAGAGUACAGCUGCUCUGGAAAUCUCUAAUAGCUCAAUGAGUAAUGAUUCAUCAGUAGAUGAGUAUAAGGUGAUGGUGGCAGCCACGGUUACAAUCCUUUCUGGAAUCAUUCAGUUGCUCAUGGGGGUUCUACAGAUUGGGUUCGUGGUGAUAUAUCUAUCUGAGUCCCUAAUCAGUGGCUUCACCACAGCUGCUGCCGUGCACGUUUUGGUUUCUCAGCUCAAAUUUAUGCUUCAGCUGAACGUUCCUGCACACACUGAUCCAUUUUCAAUUUUCAAAGUACUGGAUUCCAUAUUCACACAAAUAGAGAAGACUAAUAUUGCAGACCUUGUGACAUCCUUGAUUAUUCUAGUGAUUGUGUUUGUGGUGAAAGAAAUAAAUCAGCGCUACAAAGCCAAACUUCCGGUGCCCAUCCCAAUUGAACUCAUCAUGACUGUGAUCGCAACAGGUGUGUCCUAUGGCUUUGACUUCAAAAACAGGUUUGAGGUGGCUGUGGUUGGGGAGAUGAAAAGAGGGUUUCAGCCUCCCAUUGCACCUGACAUGCAGAUUUUCCAAGAGACCAUUGGGGAUAGCUUCGGCAUCGCGAUCGUUGGCUUUGCUGUGGCCUUCUCAGUGGCCAGUGUCUAUUCCCUCAAGUACGAUUAUCCAAUUGAUGGCAAUCAGGAGUUAAUAGCCUUGGGAUUGAGUAACAUAUUCGGUGGAUCAUUCAAAGGCUUUGCCGCAAGUACCGCCCUCUCCAGAUCAGGGGUUCAGGAGAGCACUGGAGGCAAAACACAGAUCGCUGGGCUUCUCUCUGCUAUCAUUGUGCUGAUUGUCAUUGUAUCCCUUGGAUUUCUUCUGGAGCCACUACAAAAGUCUGUCCUGGCAGCGUUAGCGCUUGGGAAUCUGAAGGGAAUGCUGAUGCAGUUCACGGAAAUACGAAAACUGUGGCAAAAGGAUAAAUAUGAUUGUCUGAUUUGGAUCAUGACCUUCAUCUUUGCCAUCGUCCUGGGACUUGGGUUAGGCCUGGCAGCUAGCGUGGCAUUUCAGCUCCUGACCAUCGUGUUCAGGACCCAGUUUCCAAAAUGCAGCACACUGGCGAAUGUUGGAAGGAGCAACAUCUAUAAGAAUAAGAAAGAUUAUUCUGACAUGUAUGAACCAGAAGGGGUGAAAAUCUUCAGGUGUCCAUCUCCCAUCUACUUUGCAAACAUUCACUUCUUUAAGCAGAAACUUAUUGAUGCUGUUGGCUUUAAUCCACUACGAGUUCUACGCAAGCGCAACAAAGCUUUGAAGAAAAUCCGAAAACUACAGAGAAAAGGCUUGCUGCAAGUGACUCCAAAAGGAUUUAUAUGUACCAAUGAUGGUUUUAAAGAUUCUGAUGAAGAGCUGGACAAUAAUCAGAUAGAAGAACUGGAUCAGCCGAUCAAUACUGCUGACCUGCCUUUCCAGAUAGACUGGAAUGCCGACCUUCCUAUCAACACUGCGGUCCCUAAAAUCAGCCUACAUAGCCUUAUUCUUGACUUCUCAGCUGUGCCAUUUCUUGACAUUUCUUCAAUGAGAGGUCUCAAAACGCUUUUGCAAGAAUUUAUCAGGAUCAACGUAGAUGUGUAUAUUGUUGGAAGUGAUGAUGAUUUCAUCGAGAAGCUUGUACAAUGUAAAUUUUUUGACGAUGAAGUCAAGGACUCCAUCUUCUUCUUAACAAUCCAUGAUGCUGUUUUGCACAUAUUGAUGAAGAAGGAUUACAGUGCUUCAAAGUUUAAUUCCAGUCAGGAAAAAGAACCUAAAUUUGAUUUUACCAUAAAUACAAAUGGAGGAAUACGUAAUCGAGAAUAUCGGGUACCAGUUGAAACAAAAUUCUAAUCAACAUAUAAUUCGGAAGGACCCUCAGCUGACUGUCACGUAAAGAACAACCUAAUAACCAGAAGGCUAUUGAUAAGUUCAUACAUUGUAUGAAGUAUAUUUUUACUUGACAGAAUUAUGUUUCAGACUUUGGAACGAGAUUGUUCUAGCAUCGUAUAUUUUUCACCUAUCUAGUAUAAAAUUAUGUAAAUACUCUUAAUUUUUAAUCUUGUGAAUUUCUCAAAGGAGGAUAAUUUUUUGUUUAUAUGUAUUUUUAUAGCAGACAGAUUUUCCUCUGGGUCACUAUCCCUUCCUGCAUGUUUUGCACUGUAUUUACAUCACUGCUUUCAAUCUCAUAAUUUAUAAAGUUCAUACUG